AUGGGUAAAGGAGGGAGCCUCCCUGGCCUGACCUUCCUACAAAGCGUGUCCAUACGGACCCUCCUGGUCUUCCUGCUCAUCUUCCUGCUCGUUGCUGACUACAUGAAGAGGAGGAAGCCCAAAAACUUCCCGCCGGGUCCCUUCCCGCUCCCCUUUGUGGGGAAUGUCUUCCUCAUUGACUUCAAGGAUCCCCUGAAAGGGGCAGAGAAGCUUAUUGAAAAAUAUGGGGACAUCUACAGCUUGAACAUAGGCAGUAUCAGCUACAUCACUGUGAACAACUUCAAGAUGAUUAAGGAGGUGCUGGUAAACCAAGGUGAAAACUUCCUAGAUCGGCCACAGUUACGUGUCGACAAUGAAUUCUUUAAUCAAUGUGGGCUGGUCUUUUCUAAUGGACAUAUAUGGAAGCAGCAGAGAAGAUUUGCCCUGACCACACUCAGAAACUUUGGCCUGGGCAAGAAGAGCUUGGAGGAGCGGAUACAGGAGGAGUGCCGGUACCUCACUGAUGCCAUCGGGGAAGAGCAGGGACAUCCUUUUGACCCUCACUUUAAGAUCAAUAAUGCCGUCUCCAACAUCAUCUGCUCUGUCAGCUUUGGAGAGCGGUUUGAGUACCACAACGAGCGCUUCCAAGAGCUGCUGCAUCUGCUGGACAAGGUGAUGGUGCUGCAUGCCCACCCUCUGACACAGCUCUACAGCUUUUUCCCAGGAAUCAUGAAAUACAUCCCUGGGCCUCACCGCACCAUUGGUGAUAUCUGGAAGCAGUUCCAAAGUUUUCUGCUUGCCAUAAUUGCUAAGCACAAGGAGGACUGGCAGCCCACUGAAAGCCGGGACUUCAUCGACAGCUACCUGCAGGAGAUAGCCAAGGACGACGGUAGCGGGUGCUUCAGCGAGGAGAAUCUUGUGGCCUGCAUGCUGGACCUGUUCUUUGCGGGCACAGAGACAACGUCCACAACCCUCCGCUGGGCUUUGCUCUACAUGGCUGCGCACCCAAAAAUUCAAGCACGUGUGCAAGCGGAGAUUGAUGCCGUGGUCGGUCAGACCCGGCAGCCAGGCCUGGACGACCAGGCCAGGCUGCCCUACACCAACGCGGUGGUCCAUGAGGUGCAGAGGUUCAGCAAUGUCGUCCCUGUUGGCGUUCCCCGGAUGACCACGCGGGACACCCUGCUCGGGGGCUUCCUCGUGCCCAAGGGCACCCUUCUGAUGACCAACUUGACCUCACUGUUCAUGGAUAAGAAGACAUGGGAAACACCUGAUGCUUUUAACCCUGAGCACUUCCUGAAGGACGGCCAGUUCUGCAGGAGAGAGGCCUUCAUUCCAUUCUCCCUAGGGAAGCGCGCCUGCCCAGGUGAGCAGCUGGCCCGCGCCGAGCUCUUCCUCUUCUUCACGGCCCUGCUGCAGAAAUUCACCUUCCGGAUGCCGCAGGACACCGUGCCCAGCCUCAGCUACCGCCUGGCUAUUACUCGCCAACCCCAGCCCUACCGCAUCUGCGCCCUGCCACGCUAG